UGUUGCAACAGGGAGACUUGGAAAACAUGCAGGACAGCGGCCCUCCAGGACCUGAGUUUGACACCUAUGAUUACAGUCACUUUUGUUUCCCUUUCUUUCUGACCUCUUUGUCGUUUCCAGCUGCAGUAUUUGUACAAAGAAACAAAACCAUCAUUUCAUUGUCCCCAAGUCCAACUUUACUCUUCUGCAGGGUGGGGAUCAUCUGACCACAUAUACAUUUAACACCCACGCAGCAAAGCACACCUUCUGUAGAGUGUGUGGAGUCCAGAGUUUCUACACCCCACGCUCCAACCCUGAUGGAUAUGGAACUGAGGACAAUGCAGCAAUGCUACAAAUGAGGCGUCCUCAGAUGACCCAAGGUGGUUUGUAUCCUGGAACAUGGUGUAGCUCAGCCAACAGUGAAGCAGCAGCGGCCCACUUGCACUGAGUCAGGAUGUCCAGUAGCUCCGGCUACCCCCCGAGCCAGGGGAGCUUCAGCAGCGAGCAGAGCCGCUACCCAUCCCAUUCUGUCCAGUACACCUUCAGCGGCACGCGGCACCAACAAGAUUUUACCGUCCCAGAUUAUCGUACUCACUUGCAGGAUCCGCAGGGUCGAAGACGACCAUCUUUACUCUCUGAAUUCCACCCUGGGACUGAAAGGCCUCCAGAGAGACGGCAUGGAUACGAACAGCAGUUCCACUCCAUCACUACCCAGGCUGAACAUGAGGCACUGGAGACUAAGCGCCCACGCAUGGAGUCUAUUUCUGAGGCCCACAUCACCCGCACCUCUUCUUCUGCUGGGGGUAUUCUCUUGCCCAUGCACCACACACUACAGGAUAGCCUCAGAGCCACCGUGGAGGUGAAGAAGGAGUCGCCGUUCACCGUGAAAGUGGAAUGCCCUUCUCCAGGAGGACCUGCAUUACAUCUUGGGGAAGAGCAUGACACGUCUCCUUCCAAGCUAUCCAAGGAGGAGCUGAUUCAGAGUAUGGACCGCGUGGAUCGAGAGAUUGCUAAAGUGGAGCAGCAGAUUUUCAAGCUGAAGAAAAAGCAACAACAACUGGAGGAGGAAGCGGCAAAACCCGUGGAGCCAGAAAAGCCAGUGACCCCUCCCCCAGUGGAACACAAGCAUCGCAGCAUAGUCCAAAUCAUCUACGAUGAGAACAGGAAAAAAGCUGAAGAGGCCCAUAAAAUACUGGAAGGUCUUGGUCCCAAGGUUGAACUGCCCCUGUACAAUCAACCAUCAGACACAAAAGUUUAUCAUGACAACAUUAAAACCAACCAGGUCAUGAGGAAGAAGCUGAUUCUCUUUUUUAAGAGAAGGAACCAUGCUCGUAAACAAAGGGAACAGAAGAUCUGCCAACGAUAUGACCAGCUGAUGGAAGCUUGGGAGAAAAAGGUGGAGCGCAUGGAGAACAACCCCAGGCGCAAAGCCAAGGAAAGCAGAACACGGGAGUACUACGAAAGGCAAUUCCCUGAGAUCCGGAAGCAGAGAGAGCAGCAGGAGCGUUUCCAGAGGGUUGGCCAGAGAGGAACGGGUCUCUCCGCAACGAUCGCUCGAAGCGAGCAUGAGAUUUCUGAAAUUAUUGAUGGUCUUUCUGAGCAGGAGAACAACGAAAAACAGAUGAGACAGCUAUCAGUCAUCCCUCCCAUGAUGUAUGACUCCGAGCAGAGGCGAGUGAAGUUCAUCAACAUGAAUGGCUUGAUGGAUGACGCCAUGAAGGUGUACAAAGCCCGACAGUUCAUGAAUGUUUGGACCGAACACGAAAAGGAGAUCUUUAAAGACAAGUUUGUCCAGCAUCCGAAGAACUUUGGCCUGAUCGCUUCCUAUCUAGAAAGAAAGUGUGUUGCUGACUGUGUCCUGUACUACUACUUGACCAAGAAGAACAACAACUACAAGACGCUGGUGAGACGCAACUAUGGCAGACGGAGGGGAAGGAACCAGCAAAUCACACGCCCCGCACAAGAGGAGAAGUCCGAAGAUAAAAACGAAGAGGACAAAUCGGAGAAGCCAGAGAAAAAAGAUGAUGAGGAAAAGAAGGACGAGGAAGAGAAAGACGAAAAGGAGGAAUCCAGGGACAUUGGCAAGGACAAAGACAAGUGUGACGGUGGGGAGGACGAAGACGGAAAGGAGCAAAACACGCCGCGUGGCAGGAAGACCGCCAACAGCCAGGGCCGACGCAAGGGAAGGAUCACCACUCGCUCCAUGGCCAACGAGGCUGCCACCAUGGCGGCGGAGGAAGCACCUCCCCCUGCUUCUUCAGAGGCCGCCGCGCCAGAUCCGCCGCAGCUCCCUAAAUCUGAUACAGCUCAGAAGUCCAUAAAGGAACCGAUGAAACCGCCUACUCCGGGAGCUUCACUGGAUGCAAAAGCUGGUGCUGGCGAAACUGGAGAAACUUCUCGCUGGACCGAGGAGGAAAUGGAGGUCGCCAAAAAAGGUUUAGUUGAGCACGGGCGAAAUUGGAUGGCCAUCGCCAAAAUGGUGGGCACCAAAAGUGAGGCACAGUGCAAAAACUUCUAUUUCAAUUACAAGCGACGACACAAUCUGGACAACCUGCUCCAGCAACAUAAGCAGGACACACGACGGGCUCGUGGCGAAAGGUCUCAAGGUGAAGGUCUAACCACAGCGUCGCCCGAGGAUGAUGACGACAAUGCAGAUGACAGUGAAGGAGGUGACAACAGCUCUGAUACAGAGAGUGCUCCCUCCCCCUCUCAAACUGACCCCACAAAGUCUGGUGACUCCAAAAGAGCGGACGGUGCUGCUGGCGAUGCUCAGACCUCCGAUCAAGAUCCGGUUCCCGUCAGCAAUGCUAAAACCUCUGACCCCUCAUACGGGGGCCUGUGUGUCAAGGAAGAGAAAAGCCCAGAGGGUGAGCCGACUUCUCAUGAGGAAAAGAGCAGAGUGGCUUCCUACUCCGGUGUGGUCCAUCCAAAAACGGAACCCCAAGAUGUGGACAUGAAAUCUGGAGAAGUUGAGAUUAAAAUGGAGCCCGAGGUCAAGGAGAAAGGAGAGAAAGGAGAACAUGGCGAGCGGCAGAAGGAGCUCCACUCCGAUAAUGACUCCAGCGCCACCUGCAGUGCUGAUGAAGAUGUGGAAGCAGAGCCUGAAAGACAGAGAAUACUUUCUAUGGAGAAGCCGUCUUUGCUCAACCCCGUAGGCACGGUCCUGGUGUCUUCACCCAAGCAAACCUCGCACAACCUCCAGCAGAUGCAUCAGCGGGCAGCUGCCAUUCCACCAAUGGUACCUGGUCCCUAUGGCCAUAGUCCGGUUCCCAUCAGUGGUUUUGCCAUGUUGCAACAUCAGAUCAAAGCGGUGCACGCGUCUGCACACCACGAGGAGAAGCAGAGGCAGGACCAGGGAGACCUGGAGCGCAGACCGCCCUUCAAUACCCGCAGCCCGAGUCUGGUUGACAGAGAUGGUAAGCCCCUACCCUACAUGCCUUAUGACAUGACGUUGGCUUUGGACCAGGAGGCCCUUUCUGGUCAGCCAGGCUUCCCUUACAGACCCCCUCCCAGGGAUCUAAGCAAGUCCUCACCCCAACCUGAUCCCAACAUCCCCAAUGCUUUCUGCUACAGUGUGCCGCCAGUCCUCCACCCAGCCCCCAACCAGCUGAUCCAAAGUCUGCCCGAUGGAGCACGGAUGGCUUUCAGCAGAUCCAGUCGACCGCCUAACAUUCCCUCUCCUCCUCCUCUCAUUCCAACCACCAAACCCACUGACAAACCGUCCUUCAUUCAUGGGGGCUCAAUAUCUCAGGGAACGCCAGGCACAUACCUGCCUUCACAUGCCAUCUAUGGGCCUGACGGGAGUAAGAACACUGUGGGCUCCAUCUCUUUGGGCCUGCCUCGACACCAAGAUCCCAACAAAUCUGGUCCAUCAAUACAUGAUGGUCGAGGAAAUCCGUCUAAAAUGGGCGACAACCUGGCUUUCAGAGGAUCAAUCACUCAGGGCACACCAGCCCUUUCCCAAUCUACUGUUGCUGCUGACCUGCUGAAGGGCACCAUCACAAAACUGGCCACAGAAGACUUGGGUAACUCUGACAAGGCCAGGGACCAACUGGCUAAAGGUCAUGUUAUUUAUGAGGGCAAGAGUGGUCACAUCCUCUCUUAUGAUGCCAUCAAGAACCCAAGGGAAAAUACCCAUAGUCCCAGAACUGGCCUUGAGUUGAAACGCACUUAUGACAUGAUGGAGGGACCCAUCAGCAGGGGCCACCCUGGCAGGGAAGGAGCUCCAUUUGAAGGUUUGAUAAGCAGAGCUUUGCCCAGAGAGGGCCUCCAUGGAGAUUCUAAAGACCGACAAAUAAUCACUGGCUCGAUCAUGCAAGGAACACCUAGAACUGCUGCAGAAUCAUACGAAGAUGUUAUGAAAUAUGGGAAGCAGAUUAAAAGAGAGAGCCCACCUAUCCGCUCCUUUGAUGGAGGAAUUGGCAAAGGAAAGCCCUACGAGGGAGUUAACACCAUCAAAGAGACUGGACGCUCCAUUCAUGAAAUCCCACGACAAGACCAGUCUGGCCAGGACCUCAGAAAGACCCCUGACCUCUCUGAUAGGAGGGUCAUAGAAGGUUCCAUGUCUCAGAUUCACUCUCUGAACCAACCUACAAUCAAGCACAAUGUUAAGUCCCUUAUCACCAGUCCCAGUAAGCUUUCCCAUGGCCUACCCCAGCUUGAAGCCAUGGAAAGAAGCAAGUACGAGGAGAGCAAGGCAGUGCGCCACACCUCAGUGGUCAACUCCACCACCUCUGUCCUGCGCUCCACACACCAAGAAGCUGCAAAAUCUCAGCUCAGCCCAGGCAUGUACGAGGACGCCAAUGCUCGCAGGACCCCUGUGAACUACAGCUCCAAUUCCGUGACCAGAGGUUCACCCAUGCUGGGACGUUCAUCAGACGGAGCAAAAUCUGGUGCACAUGAAAGAAAGAACGCCAUGACCCCCACGCAGAGGGAAAGUGUCCCAGCCAAGUCCCCAGUGGCGGGUGGCGACCCCAGGGCUUCUCACAGCCCCUUCGACCCUCAUCACCGGCCGGUUGUUCCAGGGGAAGUGUACCGAGCCCACCUGCCUCCACAUCUUGACCCCAGUAUUGCCUUCCACCGAGUGAUUGAUCCUGCCUUCAUGUUUCCCAGACAACCAUCUCCAACUGGCUACCACAACACAUACCAGCUAUACACCAUGGAGAACACGCGGCAGACCAUCCUCAAUGAUUACAUCACUUCUCAGCAGAUGCAAGUCAUCCCCCGGCCUGAUAUGCCCCGUGGGGUGUCACCGCGGGAACAGCCUGUUUCUAUCCCGUACCCAGCUGGAGCUCGAGGGAUAAUUGAUCUAGCCCAGAUGCCUCCAACUAUCCUGUUGCCUCACCCUGGGGGAACAGGUACUCCCACUUUGGAACGUAUCGCCUACCUCCCCGGAGCUCAGCCCCCUUUCACUACUAGGGCUUUCAACCCAACCUCCAUAUCGCCAGGUCACCAAGCCCACCUUGCUGCUGCGGCUGCCGCUGCCGCAAGUGCGGAGAGGGAACGAGAACGCGACCGUGAGCAGCAGGAGAAGGAGAGGGAAAAAGAAAGGGAGCAGCAGCGGGAUCGAGAAAUGCGAGAGCGGGCGAACGAUUACAUUCGUGGAGGUGGCGUUGAGCAACCAGGCCGGCCAGGAAGCCGAGGCUAUCUGCAUUCUCCUUCCCCUUCACUCAGAACGCAGGAAGUGGUUGUUCAACAGCGACCAAGCAUCUUUCAGGGCAAAAGUGUCAUCACUUCUUUAAUGCCUCAUUCCUCAGCAGCAACAGCUGCAGCCCAGAGUAACUCUCGCUACAGUACUGCAGCUGACGCACUGGCCGCUUUGGUGGACAUUGCCGCCUCUGCCCCACCCGUGGAUGUGACCAAAGUGAAGGAGAGCAAACGGGAUGAGCGGGAUGACGACUUGUGCUCGGCAGCUCGGAGAACAGCAAGCAUCUCGGAACAGCAGCAGGAGCCAGACCGGCGAUCCGUACCAUAUGGUGCUAUGUCUCUUCCGGGGGGGAAGCCCCACCCAGCGUACCCCGAGGGUGUUGGCGUUAAAGAUAAAGGGCCACAAACCUCAAAGUCCCGCAUUGAGGAAGAGCUUCGAACCCAUGGAAAAACGACCAUUACGACCGGUAACUUCAUUGAUUUCAUCAUCACCCGAAAGAUCGCUUCAGAAAAAGACUCCCGAGAGCGAAGCUCUCAAAGCUCGGACUCCUCAAGUAGCUUGUCAUCAAACCGAUACGACAACACUGGCGGAGGAGCCAUUGAAGUGAUAAGUCCUGCGAGUUCCCCAGUCCACUCCCAACAGGAAAAAAUGGACGAAGGCCAGCAGACGGCAGCUGGCAUGCGGGUUUAUGACUUGAGUCGAUACCGGCCUUCGGCAGAUCCACCACAACCCAGUUCCCAGCAUCCCCCUUCAUCCCAGGCUGACAGCUAUUCUCAAAUCCCCAAGACGCAUCGGGUCAUGACCUUGGCAGACCACAUUUCGCAUAUUAUAACGCAAGACUUUGCGCGGAAUCAAGACGCCGUGUCCUCUUCAGCCUCCACCACAUUCCAGAGCACGAUGCCACCCGUGUCUUCGUCGAGUCGAGCCAAGGUGCCCAGCCGCUACAGCCCUGAGAAUCCAAUCCAGCCCCCGCAUCAUCACCGUCCCCCCAGCAGGGUUUCCCCGGAGAACACCACAGACAAACCCAGAUCUCGUCCUGGCAAGUCUCCAGAGAGAGGUGGCAGGCAGAUGGAGAACUAUGAACCCAUCUCCCCACCGCAGAGCUACCAAGGCCUGGAAAAGCAGGAGACUGGUGGGCCUGCACCCCAAAGGCGAGAGGCGGAAAACUCUGAGAUCAGGAGUGACUCACGGUCCCCUGGGAGUGUCAGUUAUCUGCCGGCCUUCUUCACCAAACUAGAGAACACCUCCCCUAUGGUGAAAUCCAAAAAGCAGGAGAUCUUUCGUAAGUUGAACUCCACCUCUGGUGUUGGUGAUUCUGAUGUUGGAAAUGCUCAGCCAGGAACAGAGAUUUUCAACCUGCCCGCUGUCACCAGCUCCAGCAGCAUCAACCCGAGGAACCACUCCUUCAGUGACCCUGCCAGUAACCUGGGCCUGGAGGACAUAAUCCGUAAAGCCUUAAUGGGUAACUUGGAGGACAGACCGGAGGAGCACCAAGGCACCAUUAGCAACUCAUCCAACGCAAGCAGUGACACCCGCCAGGAGGCCAGCCCGUCGCCAAGCAUAGUGAAGCAGAAGCAGGGCAACAAAGCCAACAGCCGGAAGUCAAAGUCUCCUAACCUGGGUCAGGUCUACUUGGGAGGAGAUCGCCCCUCCUCAGUGUCCUCCGUACACUCCGAGGGAGACUAUCACAGACAAGCACAAGCCCAAUCCCAAUGGAGUUGGGAUGACCGACCUUCGUCGGCAGGUUCCAUGCAGUUUCCUUACAACCCACUGACCAUGCGCAUAAUGAGCAGUACGCCACCCACCUCCAUAUCUUCCCCCUCCAUCCAGAGUCAGCAGCAGCCACAGCAGCCACCUCCUACUGGCGCUCCAGUGGGCCAACAGCGUGUGUGGCCGCCUCUGAUGUCAGAGCAAUACGAGGCCCUGUCAGACAGCGAUGACUGAGCCUGGCCCGCAGGAAGGGAUUAAAAGAGACCCGAGAUGAGGCGGUAUCUCUUCCACCCCCUCCAGGACACAAAAGUGUCACGUAGACAGGAUGAUGUCCAAUUCUUUCCUGGUGCUAUGGCGCCCCCUAGCUGUAAGCUAAGUGUACAAGCAGCCGACGAGCGACUGGGCUCUCCCGAGACUCACUUUUGGUUUGGAAGCCGCACCCAGUCUGGUGGGGAGGUGAACCCGACUGAGGAGAUGACUUGUGAUAUAGUGAAGCUGAUAUGUAAAAAGAGACUUUGUUUAAUUUCUGUAAAGCUAUAACUCAUCUUCAAAAAAAAUCCUUUUAUGUAAAUAGAAUAACCUUUUUGCAGUGUUUUUCUUAACUUGAUUAUUUCUUAUUUUAACCCACUCUAUUGCUAAGUGAAGAAGGUGUGUGAUCUUGAAUGCCACCAAUGGUUUUUCCCUGGCUCCUUUCCCAAACCAGCGUCCACCUUGACGUGUGAUUUAUUGUUGCUCAUGUGACACAACGGAGGUGGUUUCUUCCUGCGGCACUGUCUGGAUACGAAAAACAUCCAAGGACAUGCAGUGCUCAAAAUUUAAACCGUUUUGAUAUUUGGUUAUGUUCACGCCCCGUGUGUGUGUCAUUUUCAACAAAAGUGGAUAGAAUCCAUCCCACGUCAGUACGUUCGAGACAGGGAAAUGUCUUCGAGGAAACUUGUGAACACUGGUCUCAGAACUAAAGAGUGACGCGAAUGAGGAAUAGCGUGACCCUGUCUAAUAAAUGAAGUGAGCCAACCCCCACCACCGCCACCACCCCCACUCCCCCAACCCCAUAAAGCUGACAGGGGUAACAUGUUGCUGUUUCUGCUGUUUCCACCAUGUUCAAAAUGUUGUGCUCUAAAAUGUUGUCACAGUUUAAACCGGUCUGGAACAUUUGUUUUGCCCCCACCCCCCACACCUAUUUUUUUUUUUAUGCUUUUGCCAUGCCUUGUGACUUGAGAGGGGAAAAAGGCAGCUUUAACUAGUUUUCUCAGAGAUAUUCUUCAAUGUUUAUUUCAAUUUUAUUUCCCUAUUGUACCUUUUUUCAUAAGUCUCAGAAACAAUCCGUUGCAAAUUAUGACCCACUUUACCAAACAAAAUGGUCUGCACCAUAUUUGCACUUUUUUGCUUUGUAACUAACAAAAGGCGUACUACCUGCUGUCUGUAUAUUCACGAAUAAUUGGUAGUAUUCAGCAUUUUUUCCCCCCACCACUCGCAGACCUUAAUAGUCUUUCACCUGUUUCAUCAUUCUGCAAUCCUUAAUGGUAACUGUACUUCUGAGUACAUGGUACCAUAUUAUCUUUGAGAUUGCAAUUGUAUUUCCAUGAUGUUAAAUAAUGGGACUGAAACAAGCCACAUUGCAAAUGUCAUCUUCAACUUUCACUUAGCUAUUUUCAAGUCUCUCAUCCUCCAUACUUGAUGUGUUUUGUCACCCGUUCAAAAAGCUUUUUAAUUAUCUCACGACACAUGAUCAGAUGAUUCUAUUCUGGCAGUUUCCACAUAUUUGUUUGUUUUGUGUCCUGUUUAGAUGGGAUGGUUGCUGUUUACAAAGGCAUUGGCAGAAAAUGUUUACAAACUUGAAUUUCCUAGAAAGCUGACUUGAAGCCGAAAAAAAAUUGGAGCAUCUUCUCAAGCUAGAAAACCCGCGUGACAUUUUUUUGUCUUUGAAAUUCAAACUUGAAAACUUAUCCACUUCGAUGUUGAAAUGCAAUGAUGAAAUGCAAUGAUUGUAUGGCACAAUGUCUUUUAGUUGGCUAUUAUAAGAGUUCAGACCAAUCAAAUAAAGUGGUUCUUUUUUUUCCACGACAGAAAAAUGUCA